AUGGGGAGGGGGGGUGGGUGGUUGAGGCGUAGAGGGUGUGGGAGAACCGAGCAAAGGGACAGGUGUGACCGAGGCAAGAAAACCGGUCGUCAAGGCCUGAUUUUGCAAUCAACCAACCGCCUUGGCGCCCCGGACGAGCUAACUGGGCUCCACCUGUACCUGCACUCUCGUCCAACGGUCAGACGCUUCCAUCUUCGUUGCUGUCUCCGAGUGAGCAUCUUCGUUGCUGUCUCCGAGUGA